AUGUCGACUGUUUCUGCAGACAAGUACGUCAUUGGAGGGCGCGCUGAGUGUGAGAAGAUGGUCAAGCAGUGGGGAUUUCCUCACGUUUUCACAUGGACAGACUCGAGCAAUGCCUAUUAUCCACCACACACGCACAGUUCAGUGACUACCCAUCUCAUUCGACGGGGUACUUUUACUAUUACUUAUCCGGAAGAUAAUGCAACCAGCGACAGCAACGAACCUAAAAAGGAAACUUUUGGAGCAGGGGACCGCAUCGAUGUACCCGCGGGCAAACUGCAUGAAGUCUGGAUUGGUCAGGAAGGAUGUGAGUAUGUCAUUGGCGAGUGA